AUGCUGUCGUCCCAGGAAAGCCAAAGUCCAGGGUCCCUGUCCAAGACGUGUCAGAACUGCGCCGAUUCCAAGGUGAGGUGCGUCCGCAAUGGCGAUGACAUUUGCAACCGAUGUAGCCGUCUCGGAAAAGAGUGUGUGGACCGCAAGGCCCGUCGGCGUUUCCAUGGCUUUCAAAAGGAUAUGAAGAUCAGGGCCCUCGAGUCCAAGCUCGAUGAGCUCACGAGGACUCGUCAGACCCAAUCUACUAGUCGCAGUCCUAACAGCCCGGGUAGUUUUGACGGAGUGUCUGACAACGACCUCGUCGACAGAGGAGACGUUAUUGACCAGGGUCUUCUGAACAUGGAAGCUGCCGAGGUGUUGCUCUCCACCUAUAAGAGUCAGAUGAUCGCUCACUUCCCUUUUGUCUUUAUUUAUCCAUAUGAAACUGCCCAGCACCUGAGGAGGGAAAAGCCGUUUUUGUUCCUAACCAUCCUCUCGACGGCGUCGUUUGCCAACAUGCCGUUGCAGCGUCUGUUGGGCAACGAGACCAAGAAAUUCAUUGCUUCCCGUAUGGUUCUAAAUGGCGAGGUGUCACUUGAACUGCUUCAGGGGCUACUAGUCUUUCUUGCCUGGAGCCAUUACUAUACACGACCUUAUCGUUUCACACAGUUUAUGCAACUGGCAAUCAGCUUGGUCAUUGAGUUACGGCUGGACCAGCCGCCACAGGCAAGAACAUGGAAGAACGGGUUCCAGCUAAAGCCGGACUACAGCCUUACGAGUCAAUUCGCCGAUCAACCGGCUUGGAGCUUUGCCGAGCAGAGGGCCACAGCGGGCUGCUACUAUCUGGCAUCAACGAUUAUGGUUUUGCUUCAGAAACAAUUCAACUUUCCUCUUACGCCUUACAUAGAAGACUGCUGCAAGUCUCUUUAUAAUGCGGCAGAGAGCCCAUACGACAAAUAUAUACUGCACUUGAUUCAGCUCCAGCGCAUUGCGGAGAGGGUCGACCGCUUGUCCAUGCGACACGCAAUAGAACUGGGGAAUCCAGGAUCGGCAUCUGAGUUGUAUGUCUCUGCUUUGAAAGGAGACUUGGAAACAUUCCGCUCCGAGUUUCCUGCUGGCUUCCAUGAAAUACCACCUCUUGGCAUGCAGUUCCAUGCUACCGAGUUAUUUCUGUACCAGCUUAGUCUAUCCACGCUAGAUCACCACUCUCAUGCUCAGAAUAUAUCUGACCAUGCUUUCAAAGAGGAUCUCUUAUUAUCAGCGCUAAUCGCAGCCGAGUCAAUCGUUAAUAUAUUUAUUUCCCUUCCACCAGGAGCAGAAAUAGCGUCCAGCAACGCGGAAUGGACACAACUUGGAUUUGCCGUCCUGGUUGCCAAUAAAAUCAUCAUUACUGCAUCUACUAUGCCCGGAAAAGGAGCAACAUUUGCCCAGCGCAAGUUUUCAUGGCCAACAACUCUUGAGCAUUUGACAAUACGGAUCCAGGCCCUCUCCUCUGGGAAAUUGGACCGAAACGGAGACCGAGACGCUUUCUAUUGGUUUUCACAGCGCGUUUCUAAUUUCAACGAGUGGUUUACCAGACAGAGUGCAAUGACGGAGGAACUUGUUUGUCAAGGCAUGCCCCAGAACCCACUGCCUAUGGCUACAAUGCCCCCCCCUGAAUUGUUCAUGCAAACCGGGGUGGAUGAUUUCUUCCAAUUCCCACAAGAUGAGGUGUUUAAUACCGCUAUAGAUCACAUGCUGGGGAGUUGGAUUUGA